AUGGGUGAUGGAAUCUUCGUCAUCGUCAUCGUCUGGGAAUUCUGCGCUGCUCUCGUAGUCGCUCUCGCCGUGAUCGUCAACAAUCACACUAAGGAUGCAACCUACGUAGCAUGUAAUGCUGAUCCGGGAUUUGGAGACCUAUCGGGCAAGACCAUUCCGAUCGACAGUGCAAAACAAUCUCUUAUCGUCAAUCUGCACAAUGAGUUUCGCAAUAAGAUUGCUAACGGAAAGCAGGAAUUCCCUGGAGGUUUCUAUCCGGAGGCUGCUCGAAUGGCCACUAUUCAAUGGGACGAUGAGUUGGCUUUUAUUGCUGCUACCAAUGCUAGAAAGUGUAAGUUUGGUCACGAUGAAUGCCAAAACACGCCCAAAUACCCGGCAUCUGGCCAAAACCUCGGAUCUUUCGCAUAUACUGGUGGCUUUUACGACGUUGAUGAAAUUAUUAAGAACUUGACUAAUGGUUGGUACAGCGAAUUUAAGCGGGCCAAUCCACAAUUCAUUAAGGAAUUUACGAAUGACUAUAAAGGGGUUAAUCACUUAAUUAAUACUAUUUUCUUGGACAAACCUUCGGACACUUCGCUCAAACUGUGGCUGAUCGUUCGGACCACUAAGAUCUAUUUGAUGUGCAACUACGCUAGAACUAACAUUGUUACAAGGGCCGCCUACACUUCAGGAAAGGUUGCCUCUCCGUGUAAAACUGGCACCAACAAGAAAUUUCCGGGCUUGUGUAGCUCCCGGGAAUCGAGGAAUUAUUCAAAGUUUGAUGUAAAAGCUUAA